CACGAAAAAUAAGCAACCCCAUUUAUCAUACUUCAUCUUUCACCAUUUUCUGGCCAAAAAUGAAGGGGGAGGCUCGCCAACAUGGUAUGGUUAGGACCUAUCAGAUCCUACCAUCUCCAUGGAACCCGAGACCCGAGACCCGAGUCGUUCAAAGACUCGACUCGCCCCCUACUGCUGGAUUAUUUUCCAAUCUGCCAUCCAAGCCCGGCAACCACUCCAAGUUUACAGUAAAAUGUGGUAGGCCAACUUGUCUUAAGUGUCACUUGAAUCCCGUUAGUAAGUCCAAGGACAAGACCAAGGGUACUCAAAAGCUUAGGACAAGUAAUAUGGUCGUCAAUCCUAGGUUGAUUACUUGGCGGGUCGUGGACAGGCGACCCGGUUUGAAUUUUUCCGGGUUUUCCGCCACAGGGAUUUUGGAACAUUUGUUUGGCGGUAAUGAAGAUGAUGAGAUCGAUGAUCAUCUAAAUUAUGAUGAUGAUGACGACGACUAUGAUGAUGGCGGUCCAUAUGGUCCCGGUGGUGACGACGAUGAUUUUAUGGCGAAUUUUUGGUCUUUACAUGAGAAAGAAGACGGGAGAGGAGUUGAGAUCGAAGAAUAUGUUGAUGAUGACCACAAAAUUGAUAAUAAUUAUGAGUCUGACGAUGAUGACGCUAUGAGUUUUUGUGAUGUAGGGUUCAUGUUGGACCAAAUAGAGGAAGAUGAAGGUUGGUGUUUGCUGAGAGAAAUGUAGUUGUAUAAUUUUUUUCAUUGAAGAGAGAGACUCCAUUAAUGGAGCUUUCUUCCUCCAUGCAAGCAAGAAUGUGGGUAUGACCACAAGAUGUUGACAAAGAAGUUUAUCUCUA